CCCACCCAUACUCUCAGAGCCACAUGAUGGAUGGUAGUCUGAAUUGCCGAUAAAACGGUUGUGCAUGCACUAGAAUCGAGAUGGGCCUUGGGGUGCGACGGAGAUGACACACGCAUGAUCUCAGAGUGACACCGACAAACUCUCAGCGGUCCACGGCGUUCUGCCUCAAAGCCAAGAAGCUAUAACACCCCUUGCGCUACCGUUCCAACUUCCAGAUACUAUUGUACAUGUCCAAUUCAUUGAUCCUCACAGAUCGUAUCAAAUAUCACAGUCGCAAUGUCUCGUCAGUUGUGUAUCACCUCCGUGGACGGUCACACCGGCUUCUUGAUUGCGGAACUAAUCUUGACGGACAAUAAAUUCAAAAAGACCAUUGGGUCCGUCACCGGCUUGACACUUCAUCCGGAUGCCCCGUUUUGCAAGGAGCUAUCCAAACUUGGCGCCAAAAUUGUUCCGCAUAAACCCGGUCGACUGAAAGAGAUGGUGUCAUCGCUUCAGGAGGUUGGAGCCGAUACAAUAUGUCUCAUCCCCCCUGCGCAUCCCGACAAGUUUGAUAUCACAGAAGAGCUUAUCGAAGCGACAAAGAAGGCCAAUGUACCGAAUGUAUGCUUUCUCAGCUCCGCUGGUUGUGAUCUCGCAGAAAGAGACAAACAGCCCAGACUGCGAGAAUUCAUUGAUUUGGAAUCCCGCUUCAUGGCGUCCAAGGGGGAUCCGUCGACAUCUACUGGCAACUCUCCAGUCAUUAUACGACCUGGCUUUUACGCAGAGAACCUAUUGCUCUACUCCCGGCAAGCGCAGGAAGAAGGCAUACUUCCCCUUCCCACGGGUAAAGAUCAUAAGUUCGCUCCAGUCGCUCUCGGAGAUGUGGCCCAAGUUGCUGCCUACGUUCUCACCGGGAAGGGCAAGCAUGGAUUCAGCGACAGACAUAGGGGUCAGUUGAUGGUUCUCACAGGCCCACUACUCACUACUGGUGAUGAGCUUGCCUCUGCGGCUAGUCAAGCCCUGGGUGAAAAUCUGAAGUUCGAAGACAUAUCGGAGGCGGAAGCAAAGAAGGUUCUCCACGCGCAGUCGGCCAGCGAUGAGUCUGAGGUUCAAUACCUUCUUGAGUACUACUCCUUGGUCCGUGAAGGCAAGACCAACUACAUAUCGACCACAGCUUUCCAUGAUGUGACGGGUGGGCACCCACAAGAGCCUCCAGAUUUCUUCAAAACCUACGCACAAGAGUUCCAUGCCAAACGUGGUCACAAAAAGCGGAAACUGAGUGGGGAUAAGUAACGUCGGCGUUUCGUUUUCCAUUGUCUGUAUUGCGAAUUUGUAAUUGAUGCUUCAUGACUA